AUGUCAGACGGUUCCAAGGUUUUUAAGAAGACCAGUCCCAAUGGGAAGUUAUCCAUCUACUUGGGAAAGAGGGAUUUCGUGGACCAUGUAGAUUCUGUGGAACCUGUAGAUGGUGUUGUUGUGAUUGAUCCAGAGUAUCUGAAGGAUAGAAAAGUGUAUGUGACCCUGACUUGUGCAUUCCGCUAUGGCCGAGACGACCUGGAUGUCAUUGGCUUGACCUUCAGGAAGGACCUCUAUGUCCUGACCACUCAGAUUUAUCCUCCUGUGCCAGAACAGACACCAUCUUCCCUCACUCCUUUGCAGGAAAAGCUGCUGAAGAAGCUGGGCGAGCAUGCUUACCCCUUCACUUUUGAGAUGGCAACCAACUUGCCCUGUUCAGUCACUCUCCAGCCAGGACCGGAUGAUGUUGGAAAGGCUUGUGGUGUGGACUUUGAGGUCAAAGGAUUUUGUGCUGAAAAUCUGGAGGAGAAAAUUCACAAGAGGAAUUCAGUGCGACUGGUGAUCCGAAAAGUCCAGUUUGCCCCAGUAAAUACAGGCCCAGCACCAAAGUCAGAGACCACCAGGCAAUUCAUGAUGUCUGACAAGCCCCUACACCUCGAGGCCUUCUUGGAUAAGGAGAUCUAUUACCACGGAGACCCAAUCACUGUCAAUAUUAAUAUCAACAACACCACCAACAAGAUUGUGAAGAAAAUUAAAAUAUCAGUCGAGCAGAUUACGGAUGUGGUUCUCUAUUCGCUGGACAAAUAUAUGAAGAACGUGUGCACAGAAGAGAUAAUUGAGACUGUGGCUGCCAAUUCCACAUUCUCCAAAAGCUACACAGUGACUCCCAGCCUAUCGUCCAACCGUGAGAAGCGUGGCCUGGCACUUGAUGGCAAACUCAAGCAUGAGGACACCAACCUGGCCUCUACCACCAUGCUGAGACCUGGGAUGGACAAGGAGGUAUUGGGGAUCCUGGUAUCCUACAAAGUGAAGGUCAACCUGUUGGUAUCCAGAGGAGGCAUCCUGGGAGAUCUCACUUCAAGCGAUGUUGGUGUUGAGCUGCCUCUUAUUCUGAUGCACCCAAAGCCCACUGAUGGUAAGCCCCACAAACUUGUUCCCAAUUUUGAGACCUUAGCAUGCUGUCUUCUUCUCUCCAGUGAGGAGGACAUUGUGAUUGAGGAAUUUGCUCGCCAAAAACUCCAGGGAGAGAAAGAUGACGAAGAUGAGAAGGAGGAAGCUGACAAAGAUGAAAGCUAAUCUGCUGCCCUGCCCAGCCCAGCCAAAACAUGCGGUUGUGACCACUCUAGUGCACAUAGAUUUUUUAGAGCAGUCCCUGAUGUACCAAUCUUAUAUGUGUGGUGUGAUACAAUCAUCAUUUGUUAGCAACUGUAACUAUGUGAAUGCUGUCAA